CUCCGCCAACUCCGGGUCACUCUCCUACUGGCAGCAACCAUCCUGCUCCUCUUCACCUCCGCCCAUUUCUACCUCUACAACCACGAGAAAGGAAUCUUCCGCCCCACCAGUCAUGCAGACUCCACACUCUGUCCCCCCCUCCCCCCCACCAACGGCCUCUCCCCCGCUGCCGCCAUCCGCUGCCGCGUCCACGCCGCGCAGACCCGCGCGCGCCGACUCAUCGAGUCGCAAUCCCGCACCCCCGAGGCAGCGAUCGCCACCUACUCGCAACGCUACCAGCGCCCACCCCCGGCCGGCUUCCGGGAAUGGGCGCAGUUCGCCCUCGACCACGACUCGCAGAUCCUGGACGAGUUCGAUCAGAUCGAGCUCGACCUCCGCCCGUUCCGGAGCGAGGAGGCGCGGCGCGUCCUCCGCCGGCUGCACCAACGCCCCGACGACUGGCCGUACACCCGCCGGGUGGGGUUCUUCUCCGACGCGGAGGGACACAGCCAUGUGCAGACCUCAGGGGGACUCUUGUAUCAUGGGGAAUGGGCGAGUCUUCUGGCCCCCAUUGCGCACGCCGUGCCGCGGAAUCUGCUCGUCUACGUGAGUACGAUCGACGAGCCGCGCGCUGGCCAUGAGAAUGAGAAUGAACAUGAGAAUGUGACUUUCAUCCAGCACAGCGGGGCCGCCUCCAUCGAGUCGCUGGUCAAAGAGUCCUGCGCGACCCUACAGCACCAAACCAGGGGGUCCGUGGACGAAGAGCGCGAUGUCUGUCGCGCCGCCGCGCCCGGCAAACUGCACGGGCUGGUGACCUCGCCCGCCACCUUCAGUUACACGCACGCGCUCGCGCCGAUCCUGAGCUUCGGGCGCAUGGCGGCCUUUCGCGAUAUCUUGGUGCCGUGUCCGUGCUACCUGGAUCAUGCAGAAGCAGCGGCAGCGGUAGAAGAAGAAGCCGACGGCGAGGUGAUUCCAUUCCACAACAAAACCAAGGCUGUCUACUGGCGGGGCCGGUCAACUGGCGGACAGGCGCAGCGCACGACCUGGCGGUUUGGCCAUCGACAGCGGUUCGUCGCGUUCGUGCAUGCGCUGCAGCGGGCGGCGGAGGCGGUGGGGAUGAGUCGGUUCUACACCAGCACCAACCCCCAGCCCUCCGUGGCAGACGACGCACACCGGGCCCGGCAGAUUGCGAACGCGUUUGACGUGCAAAUGGCCGGCUACAUCCAAUGCGAAGACGAGGUGUGCGGCGACAUGGAGCGGGUGCUGGGCCCCGCGCACUUCGAGGGCGAGCAUGCAGCCCGCCAGUUCCGCAUUCUCUUCGAUCUGGAUGGCAACAGCAUGAGCACCCGCUUCUAUCAUCUGCUCGGCCAGCGCGCCCUCGUGCUCAAGCAGACCUGGUUCCAGGAGUGGCAUGACCAGCGUCUGAUUCCCUGGGCGCACUAUGUGCCCGUCAGCAUGGGGUUGGAGGAGCUGCCCGCGCUCGUGGACUACUUUCUCCAUGAUCCCGAGGGCGAGCAGCUCGCGGCGGAGAUUGCGGAGGCGGGGGCGGACUGGUCGCGGAGGGUGGUGAGGGGGAUUGAUAUGUCGAUUUAUGUCUAUCGCUUGCUGGUAGAGAUGGCGGACGUGUUUGGG